GAUUGUUAUUAUAUGGCUGACAUGCCAGGGAAAGCCGAUAAAAUGCAUAGUAAGGUCAAGCAAAAGAGCGCUUCGACCGCAAAUGAUUCAACUGCACUGUCAAUAAACGAGCGUAUCCUCAAGGAAUGCCAUGAUUUAUACGCUGAUAAAGAAUGCGGCUUAAUACGAAUUGCGGAAGAUCUUGGCUUAACUCUUCUGGCACCUAGGAAAAAGAUAACAAUUUUACUAAUUGGAAACCAUUCUGCAGGAAAGAGUUCCUUUACAAACUGGUAUGUCGAAGAACACAUACAGAAAACGGGAGUAGCCAUCGAGACGCAAGGUUUCACUUUUGUUACAAGCGGAAGGAAGAGAGAAUCGUUAACGGGAAAUGCAACGCUCGUGCUGUAUCCUCAUUUUGAGCCGCUCAAAAAGAUCGAAGGAGUUGUUGAUUAUCUGACUACCGAAAUAUCAACUUCAAAACAAAAGAAAUUUAAUCUGGUUACUUUUGUUGAUACCCCUGGUCUGGUAGAUGGAGAUAUGAAAUAUCAAUUCGAUGUGAAUAAGUCCAUUCUUUGGCUGGGUGACCUGUCUGACUUGAUAUUUGUCUUUUUCGAUCCAAUAGGACAAGCUCUCUGUAAACGUACAUUAAAUUUAGUUGAAAAAUUGAACGAAAAGCAUCCCGAUAGAAUGAGAUUCUAUCUUAGUAAGGCGGAUGAAGCUGGACACGAAAGUGAUAGGCAAAGAGUUAUGAUGCAAAUUGUUCAAGAGUUAUGUAAAAGACCUGGUCUGAACAAAACUGGUUUUGACAUGCCAACUAUUUAUAUACCUUCUUUGAAGGGCAAUAAUAGCCGUUGCGUCAACCAAAUUGAUGACGUCUGUAAAGAUAUUGAAAAAACAAUUAACCAGACUAUUCAAAAUACUUUGAAUACAUUGGAAAAAGAUUGUAAUGCAAUAGCAGAAUUAAUCGAUAAGAAAUUAGAAAAAGAUCGACUUGACAGUUUGUAUAAUUUGAAAGCUAGUCUGAAGGGUUGCGGGUUGACAGUUUGUGCCUCUCUUCUACCGAUUCUUUUGCUAAUUAAUUUCCUUGCGACAUCGGCUUCAUACCAAUUUGUGCGAAAUAUGCUAGGAAGAGAUCUCCAUUCAAUGAUUACUAUCUAUUUGGGUCCGGUUACUAAAGUGUGGUCGUUCGUGCCAUCUGAAUAUCAGCUUUAUGUCAUAAUGGGAAUAUUUUGCCUGUUCGGUUUUAUGGUUCUAUUAGCAAAAUGUUUCACUGGACGUCGAAAAACACUAAAUCGAAGGCAGAAAAAGCUGUUAAUGGAGAACAAGCUAUAUGUUGCCGACUACGUUAAGAAAAAGAAGACUAAAUUAUAUGAGGAAUACUUGAAGCAGAGCGUGGCUGAACAUGAUUUGUGA